AUGGGGAAAGAAUUCUUCAAGACAUACAUGAGGGGUUCUGUGAGUAUAGUUUGCCACUUUGGACUACCCCGAGUUGUUAUCUCGGAUAAUGGAAAGCAGUUUGCCGAUAACCCCUUCAAGGGGUGGUGCGAGAAUCUGGGGAUCAAACAAUAUUUCACCUCGGUGGGACAUCCCCAGGCCAAUGAGCAAGCUAAAAAUUUCAUUCGUAAGCUCCUCCAUGGCCUGAAAACCAGGUUGCAUCAAGCCGAAUCAUCGUGGGUGGAUAAGCUUCCUAGUGUGCUGUGGUCCUAUCGAACCAUCCCAAGGUCCGCUACACAAGAAAUCCUAUUUUUCCUGACUUAUGGGUCCGAAGCAGUGGUUCCCGCUGAAUUCAUCACUCCUAACCCUCGCAUAGCAGCCUUUGCCGCCGAGGUCAAUAAAGACGAGAGAAAAGUCGACCUCGACUUUGCCGAGGAGAAAAAAGAUAUCGCAGCAGCUAAAGUGGCAUUGUAUAAGAGUAUCCUGGCUAGCUACUAUAACGCGCGAGUUAGGCAUCUUCGGUUCAAUCCCAGAGAGUUAGUUUUGCGGAAGAAUUUGGUUAGCCGAACUGAACCUCAAGAAAACUUAGCUCCCAGGUAA